ACGACCGAGAGGCGGUCACACGAGUGCAAGUUGGACUCCAAUUCGAUCCGUCGCCGUGCGUGGAAAAAAUGCACAGAUAUAGAUAAAUCAGCGAGCAACGCUAGCAGAUCAGAUACAGCUAUAUCGUCGCGAAAACCGAUUAAAAUAAAAUGUCAAACGCAUCCGCCUGCGGAUCAAUUAAGCAGUAAAAAGAAGAAGAAGCGAAUAAGAAAGAAAAAGAGAGAGAGGAAGAGCCAGAGGCGGAGGCAAAAGACAAAGUGCAUUUUCAGGGCGUGUUUUUGUACCCGACCCCCUCGCCUUGCAAAACUCCCCCUCAGCCACCCAAGCGUCGACAAAAAGUUUGCCGACACAAAACUUUGCCAACAUGCUGCAAAUUCGCAAAUUCACCUGAGCGGCCAAUAAAAUAACAAAUAAGAUAAAUCGCAAACUUCCUUUUUCUCCGUGCGUGUAUAUUUCUGUGUGUGUGCGUGAGUGUCUCCAAUCUUUUUUGUCUACUCCAAAAACGCAGAAAGAGAAAGAAAAAUGUGUGCGUGUAUGUGUGUGAAAUAAAUUAAAGCAAAGCAAAAGGCAAAACGGCAAAUAAUUGAGCAAAAAAUCCAAGAGAGAAGAGUUGAAGUAAAAAAAUAAUAAAUAGUAAUAGUAAGCGAAUAAGCCGAAGGAGGAGGAGCCGACGAAGGCCAGAGAAGAGAGAAAAGUGUACAAGUUGUUGUUGCUGCGCAAGAGCGAAAAACCACCCAACCACCCACUGGCAAAUGGGGGCUCAGCAGGGAAAGGACAGGGGCGCCCAUUCGGGAGGGGGCAGCUCAGUGGCCCCUGUCAGCUGCAUUGGUCUCUCCAGCAGCCCAGUGGCAUCUGUCUCCCCCCACUGCAUCUCCAGUUCCAGUGGCGCAAGUAGCGCCCCCCUCGGCGGUGGCUCCACGCUUCGUGGCUCCCGCAUCAAGAACUCGUCCUCUGGCGUCGUUAGUGGCGGUGGGUCAGGCGGGGGCGGUGGUGGAUCGGGAUCGGGCGGACUGAGCCAACGUAGUGGCGGUCACAAGGAUUCACGAAGCAAUCCCACCGUGGGCCUCAAUAUAUUCACCGAACAUAACGGUACCAAGCACAGCUCUUUUCGCGGCCAUCCAGGCAAAUAUCACAUGAACUUAGAAGCCCUGCUGCAGUCGCGUCCAUUACCUCACAUUCCGGCCGGAAGCACGGCGGCCUCUCUUUUGGCGGAUGCGGCGGAGCUACAACAGCAUCAGCAGGAUUCCGGCGGACUGGGACUACAGGGCGCCACGCUCGGCGGUGGACAUAGUUCAACCACAUCGGUAUUUGAAUCCGCUCACCGGUGGACCUCCAAGGAGAAUCUACUAGCCCCCGGACCCGAGGAAGAUGAUCCACAACUUUUUGUGGCAUUGUAUGACUUUCAGGCCGGUGGAGAGAAUCAAUUGAGUCUGAAGAAGGGCGAACAGGUGCGCAUUCUAAGCUAUAACAAAUCAGGAGAGUGGUGCGAGGCGCACUCGGACUCUGGCAACGUGGGAUGGGUGCCCUCCAAUUACGUGACGCCGCUCAAUUCACUGGAGAAGCAUUCCUGGUACCACGGCCCCAUCUCACGUAAUGCCGCUGAGUAUCUGUUGAGCUCCGGAAUCAAUGGUAGCUUUCUGGUACGUGAAAGUGAAAGUUCACCGGGUCAAAGGAGCAUCAGUCUGAGAUACGAGGGUCGCGUCUAUCACUACCGCAUCUCUGAGGAUCCCGAUGGCAAGGUCUUCGUCACCCAGGAGGCCAAGUUCAACACUCUGGCCGAGCUAGUGCAUCACCACAGUGUUCCUCAUGAGGGACAUGGCUUGAUCACACCGCUCCUGUAUCCGGCACCCAAGCAGAACAAGCCCACCGUCUUCCCGCUGAGUCCUGAGCCGGAUGAAUGGGAGAUUUGUCGAACGGACAUUAUGAUGAAGCACAAACUUGGCGGCGGUCAGUACGGUGAGGUAUACGAGGCCGUCUGGAAGCGGUACAAUAACACAGUGGCUGUUAAGACGCUUAAAGAGGAUACUAUGGCACUUAAAGACUUUCUCGAAGAGGCGGCUAUCAUGAAGGAAAUGAAGCACCCAAAUUUGGUGCAGCUCAUAGGGGUUUGCACUAGGGAACCGCCUUUCUACAUCAUCACAGAGUUCAUGUCGCACGGCAAUCUGCUGGACUUCUUGCGCUCCGCCGGCCGCGAAACACUCGAUGCUGUGGCACUGCUCUACAUGGCCACUCAGAUAGCAUCGGGUAUGAGCUACCUGGAGUCGCGCAACUACAUCCACCGUGAUCUGGCCGCCCGCAACUGUCUGGUGGGCGACAACAAGCUGGUCAAGGUGGCGGACUUCGGACUCGCGCGCCUGAUGCGGGACGACACGUAUACGGCACAUGCUGGGGCCAAGUUCCCGAUCAAGUGGACGGCACCUGAGGGAUUGGCGUACAACAAGUUUAGCACCAAGUCGGACGUUUGGGCCUUCGGGGUGCUGCUGUGGGAAAUUGCCACGUACGGGAUGUCGCCGUAUCCGGGCAUUGACCUGACCGACGUCUAUCACAAGCUGGAGAAGGGCUAUCGCAUGGAGCGGCCCCCCGGCUGUCCGCCGGAGGUGUACGACUUGAUGCGCCAGUGCUGGCAGUGGGAUGCCACCGACCGGCCCACGUUCAAGAGCAUACACCAUGCGCUGGAGCACAUGUUUCAGGAAUCGUCCAUCACCGAAGCGGUCGAGAAGCAGCUGAACGCCAACGCCACCAGCGCGAGCAGCUCCGCUCCGAGCACAUCGGGCGUGGCCACCGGCGGAGGAGCCACAUCAGCGACGGCGGCCAGCGGCUGCGCUUCCUCAUCCUCGGCCACCGCCUCGCUCAGUCUAACACCGCAGAUGGUGAAGAAGGGUCUGCCCGGCGGCCAGUCUCUCACGCCGAAUGCCCACCACAACGAUCCGCACCAGCAACAGGCCAGUACGCCAAUGUCAGAAACCGGCUCUACUUCCACCAAGCUGAGCACUUUCUCCAGCCAGGGCAAGGGCAACGUUCAGAUGCGUCGCACCACCAACAAGCAGGGCAAACAGGCGCCCGCACCACCCAAGCGAACAAGCCUGCUCUCAAGCAGUCGGGACUCCACAUAUCGGGAGGAGGAUCCUGCCACCGCCCGUAACAAUUUCAUCGACGACCUCACCACGAAUGGUAUAGCCAAAUUGAAAACUGCCAACUAUUUCAGCCAGACCCUCUCUAGAAAUUUCAAGACCCAAAUUCCAACCCACCACACAUACCAAAUACGUACACAACAACAACAACAACAAACCGUUCCAUUGCCAGUACAGCAACAACAACAACAGAAACAACAACAGUACUCUAUUAAGAAAUCGUCCUCGUGCAGUAGUUUCCUUUACGACAUCCUAUUUCGAGGAUUAUCGCGGGACAUCAACAGUUUGACGCAGCGCUAUGACUCAGAAACGGAUCCGACAGCCGACCCGGACACAGACGCCACGGGCGAUAGCCUAGAGCAAAAUCUGAGCCACGUUAUCGCCGCUCCUGCCAACAACAAGAUGCAGCAUUCUCUCCACAGCGGCGGUGGCAUCGGUCCUCGAUCCUCACAGCAGCACAGCUCAUUCAAACGUCCAACUGGGACGCCCGUAAUGGGCAACAGGGGUCUGGAAACCCGGCAGAGCAAGCGUUCUCAACAGCAUCCACAGGCCCCGGCUCCAGCACCGCCACCAACCCCACCGCAUCAUGGCAACGGUGCGGUGACCACUGCCCAUCCAAUAACCGUUGGAGCUCUGGAAGUGAUGAAUGUAAAGCGAGUGGUGAAUCGCUAUGGAACGCUUCCCAAGGUGGCCAGGAUUGGGGCCUAUCUAGACAGUCUGGAGGACAGUAGCGAAGCUCUUCCUGCUCUCCCGGCAACUGUUCCUGCUCCGCCACCAGCGAAUGGCCACGGUACGCCACCGGCGGCAAGAAUCAAUCCUAAGGCCAGUCCCAUUCCGCCACAGCAAAUGAUUCGGAGCAACUCCUCGGGUGGAGUGACCAUGCAAAACAAUGCGGCUGCUAGUGUAAACAAGCUGCAGCGUCAUCGUACUACCACCGAAGGCACCAUGAUGACGUUCUCAUCCUUCCGGGCGGGUGGUUCCAGUAGUUCACCCAAGCGAAGUGGAUCUGGAGUGGGAUCAGGUGCCCAGCCGGCUCUGGCUAAUCUAGAGUUUCCGCCGCCACCGCUGGACUUACCACCGCCGCCUGAGGAAUUCGAGGGAAUACCACCACCUCCACCUCCGGCUCCAGAGAGCGCUGUACAGGCCAUUCAGCAGCAUCUGCAUGCCCAACUGCCCAACAAUGGCAAUAUCAGUAAUGGAAACGGAACGAACAAUAAUGACAGCAGCCACAAUGAUGUGAGCAAUACUGCUCCCAGUGUGGAGGAGGCAAGCUCAAGAUUUGGAGUGUCUCUGAGAAAGCGCGAGCCCUCCACAGACUCCUGCAGCUCCCUAGGCAGCCCACCAGAAGAUCUCAAGGAAAAACUGAUUACAGAGAUCAAGGCGGCCGGAAAGGAGAGUGCUCCGGCUCCGCUUCUCGCCAAUGGGUCGGGAAUCGCAGCCGUGGAUCCCGUAUCUCUGCUGGUCACCGAACUGGCCGAAAGCAUGAACCUGCCGAAGCCUUCGCCACCACAGCAAAAGCUGACCAAUGGUAAUAGUUCGGGAUCCGGUUUCAAGGCUCAGCUCAAGAAAGUGGAACAGAAGAAGAUGAGUCCGCCAAUGGCCAAGGCGGAACCGGCCAAUAACAUCAUCGACUUCAAGGCCCAUCUGCGUCGGGUUGACAAGGAGAAAGAACCGGCAACUCCAGCACCAGUGGCCCAACCCGUAACCAACAACGCCAACUGCAAUACCACGGGCACAUUGAACCGUAAGGAGGAUAGCAGCAAGAAGUUCGCCCAGGCCGUGCAAAAGACUGAAAUCAAAAUCGACGUGACCAACUCAAAUGUGGAGAAUGCAGAAACGGGAGCAGCGGGCGAGGGCGAUCUCGGAAAGCGACGGAGCACAGGUAGUAUUAAUAACUUAAAGAAACUGUGGGAGCAACAUCCGCCGCCGGACUAUGCAAGUAGCUCAGUUCUCCAGCAGCAGCCUUCGGUGGUAAAUGGCGGUGGAUCACCAAAUGCCCAGCUGUCGCCCAAAUAUGGGAUGAAAUCGGGAGCCAUCGGUUCAGGUGGUACCUUGCCAGCCAAACCGGGCAAUAAGCCGCCACCGGCAGCCCCACCACCACCGCCCCCGAAUUGCACCACCUCCAACUCCUCCACCACAUCCACUAGCACCUCUAGUAGAGAUUGCACCAGCAGGCAGCAGGCCGGCAGCACAAUAAAAACCUCUCAUUCAACGCAACUAUUCCCAGAUGACGAGGAGCCGUCGCAUCCGGAUGGACUGGAACAGGGAGCACCUGACAUGACCCAGUCGCUGUACGAGCAGAAGCCGCAGAUCCAGCAAAAGCCAGCGGUGCCACACAAGCCCACCAAGUUGACCAUCUACGCCACACCAAUAGCCAAGCUAGCCGAACCGGCCAGCUCUGGAUCCGCUAGUUCUACCCAGAUCUCGCGGGAGAGCAUCUUAGAGCUGGUGGGCUUGCUAGAGGGCUCACUCAAGCACCCGGUUAAUGCCAUCGCUGGUUCUCAGUGGCUACAGUUGAGCGACAAGCUCAACAUCCUGCACAACUCGUGCGUGAUCUUUGCGGAGAACGGGGCGAUGCCGCCGCACUCCAAGUUCCAGUUUCGAGAGCUGGUUACUCGGGUGGAUGCCCAGUCGCAGCAUCUGCGAUCCGCUGGCAGCAAGAAUGUUCAGGACAACGAGCGCCUGGUAGCCGAGGUGGGUCAGUCGCUACGCCAGAUCUCCAAUGCUCUUAACAGGUAAAUGAUAAGACGGGGGAUGGACGCGCCCGACCAACAUCAGGGCAUUUGGCUGGAUGCCGAAGGCAACUUCAUCAAGCGCAAGUGAUGGGGCCCCAAUCUGUAGACCCAAUCAUCCAACCACACCAUCCCCCGUGGAAACGGAAACCGAAGCGGAGGCUGCGAGCCGGAGACAGGAAAAGGAAAACAGGAAACGAAACUUCAAGCCCAGCGAAGAAGAAAGAACAACUAUAGUAGCAGCGACAGCAGCAGCAACUAAAUCGGAGGAGGACACCUAUGUAUCGUACUUGGUAGCGUGUAGUAGUAGCUUCUAUUAUAUAUACCCAUAUAUAUCUAGUCAGAUCUGUGCAGAGCCCCGACGAACGCUUCCAGAAAAACAAAAAACAAAACAAAUAUGAAAUCAGUAAACAAUGAGUUGCAAAGCAAAUUUGGGUAAGGUCUCGCGGGAGGAUCCUUGUUUUUAAUUGUAAAGUAAGGGAACCCCUCCUCCCACCCACUCAACCCCUUUCCAACCUCCCCCUAAAACGUAUUCGCGCUUCGUUUGUUUUAUAUAGAAAGACACAAGACAUGGCUUAAGAAUGAAAGGAAAUAUAUUCAUAGAAUAUCUCAAUAAACUUAGUAAUUACAAAGAAAACGCAAUGCAUAUAUACAUAUACAUACAUAUAUUUACAUAUACUAGUCGUAAAAUGUUUUAUUAUACCUAUACAUUUACAUACUUCUACAAGAUAAAAAUUUAAAGAUAUUAUAUUAUACAUUUAACGACCACAA